CUUGCGAAAGAGAAACUAAACUAGCAGCUUCAAGAACCUUCUUCCAUUGCUAUAAAAUCCAAAGCUCCUCCCACGAACAGAACACUUGAACAGCGAGAGACAGAGAAAUCAUAUCAUAUUGGCAGCGAAACAUGUCAGAAAACAUGGAGAAGGAUCACAAUCGGCGAGUUGGAGUAGCCAUGGAUUACUCUGCAACAAGCAAAUCAGCUUUAGAAUGGGCUGCUCAUAACCUUCUUACCCAUGGAGAUCAAUUGAUUUUGAUCCAUGUUGAGCCUCCCAAUUCUGAUACUCCCAGAAAGCUCCUCUUCCAACACACUGGCUCACCUUUGAUUCCUCUUGAGGAAUUCAGAGAGAUUAAGUUGGAGAAGCAGUAUGGACUGAGAAAUGAUGUAGAAGUUCUUGAUGUUCUUGACUCAUUGGCUACAACCAAAGGGGUCAGAGUUGUGGCUAAGGUUUAUUGGGGCGAUCCAAGGGAGAAAUUGUGUGAGGCUGUGGAAGAUCUUAAGCUUGAUUCGCUUGUUCUUGGAAGCAGGGGUUUAGUCUCUAUCAAGAGGGUAUUGCUUGGGAGUGUGAGCAGCUACGUUGUGAAGAAUGCUUCAUGUCCUGUUACUGUGGUGAAGGGGAAGCCAUUGCCAUUGCCAAACUCCAAGUCUUGAUUCUUAAAUCUAUUUUGCCUAUUGUUUGUUGAAGCAUGCUUGGGAUAUGAACAAAUGAGUAUUUCUAAUAAUAUAGAUCAAUAACGGAUUGUCGUGUAUCAGUCUAAGCAUACCGCUAUCAGAUAUUGUUCUUUUUGAGAUAUCUCUUUCGAGCUUUCAAUCAAGGUUUUUAAAACGCGUCUGUUAGGGAGAAGUUUCUCUGCUCUUAUAAAUAUAGAGAAUGUUUCAUUCUCCUAUUCAACAGAUGUAGGAUUUCUCAAUCCACCCACUUUCGAUAUUCAAUGUGCUUGUGGAAUGUAGGUAGCAGUUAUGAUC